GUGAGAAGAUCAUGAGACUGAAAUAGUACAUCACAAUUCACAAAGGUACAAAACAAUGUCGAGGAACUGUGAGAUGGAACAGAAGCAUCAUCUGACGUUAUCAGUGGGGGUCUGAUGUGAGCUGCUCCUUCAACAAUGGAAACUCUUUUCAUAGGUCGGGCAUUGGUCAGCCAUUGUUCCUUUGUACAAAGAUACUAGCCAGCUAGCCUGACCCACGUCAACUUUUAUAAAGGUACGUUUUAUGUGCAAUUGUUUUCUGAAUAUCCGGUUAAAAAGAUAGAUCUCAGAAGUCAGAAUAGAAAGUUAGUUGAAGUUUGUUUAAUUCAAGUUUGUUAGAGAUGUUACUUUUGUUGGCAUUUGUGGGCAUCACAGCCGGAGAGUUAGUCAACAUCGCCGAUAAGGGGUCGAUAAGUGCGACAUCUACAGGAUGGGGCGGAGUUGCCAGUCGAGCUAUAGACGGUAGAACUGAUGGCCAGUGGGGCAGAGGGUCCUGCUACCACUCCUCACAAGCAAAAGGAGGCAAGCUGACUCUGUCAUUACAUGGGGAGGAGUUGGGGGCUACAUGGCCGGUUCAGAGCAUCAGUGUCUUCAACAGACUGGAUCUCUGCUGUGACCAGCGAAUUCAGGGCGUAGAAGUGUGGCUGGAUGAGCACAUGUGUGGAGCACUUACCUUCGUGGAGGGGCAGCACGAGUAUACAGUAGACUGUGAAGGGAAGAUGGGCAGUACUGUUACUGUUCACCAUCCUACUCAGUACCUACAAGUGUGUGAACUGAGAGUCUUUGUCGACGACUCCUACAAGCCGGACAUACCGAAUUAUGUGAAUGUAGCCAAGGAGGGUGAAGCUACAACAACUAGUGUAGGUUGGGGAGGUGUAGCCAGCAGGGUUAAAGACGGCAACACAAACGGCUAUUGGAGUGGAGGAUCGUGCUCGCACUCAGGUAACGCUGGGAACAACAGAGUAACAGUCACCCUGCCUUACUCUGAUAUUGGUAUCAAGUAUCCCGUCUCCGCAGUUAGAGUUUACAACAGAUUAGACACUUGUUGUGAUCAGAGAAUCGACAAUGUUCAAGUAUUUGCCGACGACCAUAUGUGCGGACAGAUCAAGUUCGAGGAGGGAAAGAAAGCGUACAUGGUCGACUGUGGCAACAAGACUGCUGGUGAGGUUUCAGUACGAUUGUCUGCAGGGUGGCUCCAAGUUUGCGAACUUGAAGUUCUCGUUUUUGGAGGAGAACAUUCCAACUGACAUCCCCAAGUUUAUCAACGUGGCAGUAAACGGCACAGCAUCUUCCUCUUCAAUGGGAUGGGGAGGUGUUGCCAGCAGAGUAAUAGAUGGAAACAGAAACGGAAUGUGGGGCGGACAAUCGUGCCAGCAUUCAGCUGGAAAUGGAGGACAACAUUCAGUUUCAGUAACACUACCAGCUGGAGAUUUAGGAGUCAAGUACCCCAUCUCCUUUAUUAGCAUCUACAACAGGCUGGACGCUUGUUGUGAUCAGAAAAUCAACGGGGCGAUGGUGUUUGCUGAUGAGCACCAAUGUGGACAAGUCCAGUUCCAGGAGGGUAAACAAUCCUAUAAGUUCGAUUGUGGAGAGUUUGCAGCUGGUCAAGUUUCUGUUAGACUCAGUAGCGGACAAUCUCUACACGUGUGUGAAAUAGAGGUGCUAGUUUUGGAGGAGAACAUUCCAACUGACAUUCCUAAGUUUAUCAACGUGGCAGCCGAUGGUACAGCAUCUUCCUCUUCAAUGGGAUGGGGAGGUGUUGCCAGCAGAGUAAUAGAUGGAAACAGAAACGGCAUGUGGGGCGGACAAUCGUGCCAGCAUUCAGCUGGAAAUGGAGGACAACAUUCAGUUUCAGUAACUCUACCAGCUGGAGAUUUCGGAGUCAAGUACCCCAUCUCCUUUAUUAGCAUCUACAACAGGCUGGACGCUUGUUGUGAUCAGAAAAUCAACGGGGCGAUGGUGUUUGCUGACGAGCACCAAUGUGGACAAAUCCAGUUCCAGGAGGGUAAACAACCUUACCAGUUUAACUGUGGAAACUUCUCGGCAGGUUCAGUCUCUGUCAAACUCAGUAGCGGACAAUCUCUGCACGUGUGCGAGAUAGAGGUGCUAGUUUUGGAAGAGAACAUGCCAAAGAACAUCCCAGUAUUCUCUAACGUAGCUCAGGGUAGACCUGCUUCUCAGAGUUCUGUAGGGUGGGGAGGCGUUGCAAGUCGUGCUGUGGAUGGUAACACCAACAAGCAAUGGCCCGGCCAAUCCUGUACCCAUUCUUCUCAAGCGACUGGUAACUGGUGGACAGUGCAGCUUGAUCAAGAGGAGUACAUUCAGAGCAUCAAGAUCCACAACAGACUGGACUGCUGCUCCAACAGAAUUAACGGUGCCAAGGUGUGGGUAGGUAUAGGAUCAGAAUGGGAGCUGUGUGGGGAAGUGAACUACGACGGAUCCCCUGUCUUUGUGAUUCCGUGUAACAAGUACGGGAACGGUGUUAAGAUAACAAAUGAUAACAGUUAUCUUACUCUUUGUGAGGUUGAGGUUAUGGUGCCAGAGGAGGUCCCUUCGGAAGUGAUCGAUGAAGAAUAGACAUUAGUGUUCAGUGAUCACGUCAUAGUAGUAGUGUGUCUAGAAACAUCAGUUCUUUUUGUCGUUUUAUUUAUUAAAAUUUAAUUAUUCGAGUAAAAUCUUCUUCUUCUUACUUCCUUACAUAUGGCAUUUUCGAGUCGUUUUAAUGUGUAAAAUUGAUGUAAAUACCAUUACCCUGUUUGUAUGUACAUUGGCUUCGCAUUUAUUUC